UAACACAGCGAUGAGAACCACAGUCAGCGAUUCUCACAACCAACAUCUGAAACGACAUGGGAUUCUCUUCUUCCUCUCGCUGGCCUGCAGCUUCUGCGCUACUGCUUUGCCUUUGCAUGACAUUAUUAUGCAGAGUCCAAGGUGAAACUCAAAAGCUUUACAUAGUUUACCUAGGUCACGUGAAGCAUGGACACCCCGAUGAUGUCGUUGCUUCGCACCAUGAUAUGCUCGCCACUCUCCUGGGAAGCAAGGAAGACUCGGCGGCCUCCGUGGUGUACAACUACAAGCAUGGCUUCUCAGGCUUCGCCGCCAUGCUCACCCCAAAGCAAGCCAAGCAACUUGCAGAGUUUCCGGAGGUUAUCAGUGUAGAGUUGAGCAAAAGGCACACGACGACCACCACGCGCAGCUGGGACUUUCUUGGUCUCAACUACCACACGCCGGGCACUGGGCAACUCCACGGAACCAACUACGGCGAGGAUGCAUGUGGUCAAAAACUUAACUACGGAGAAGAUGUCAUCAUCGGGGUGGUCGACACCGGGAUAUGGCCGGAGUCGAGAAGCUUCAACGAUGAAGGCUAUGGCCCCGUGCCAUCAAGGUGGAAAGGGAAGUGCCAAGUUGGUCCAGACUGGGACAUACAUAAUUGCAGUCGUAAGAUCAUCGGCGCAAGGUUCUACAGCGCGGGAAUUCCCGAUCGGUUCCUCAAGUCGGACUCGCUCUCGCCCCGUGACCACAGCGGUCAUGGCACGCAUUGCGCGUCCACCGCGGCGGGCUCGGCCGUGGAGGCGGCCAGCUUCAAUGGCCUCGCCCAGGGGGUGGCACGGGGAGGCGCACCACGUGCUCGCAUCGCGGUGUACAAGGCUCUCUGGGGCGCCGAGGGCGCUGGUGGUUCGGCCACCGUGCUCGCCGCCAUCGAUGAUGCAAUCCAUGAUGGAGUGGACGUGUUGUCCUUGUCUCUCAAUGUCCCGGACGAGAACUCGUUCGGGGCUCUGCACGCGGUUCAGAAGGGAAUCACGGUUGUGUACACGGCGGGUAACAACGGGCCCAGGCCACAAACUGUUAAGAACAACUCACCGUGGGCCAUCACCGUUGCAGCUAGCAAGAUCGACCGGUCCUUCCCCACGGUGAUUACGCUGGGAAACAAGCAGCAGAUAGUGGGACAGUCUCUCUAUUACCAAGUGAAGAACUCGACCAGGAGCAGUUUCACAAGUCUUAUCGUUUCCGCGUGUACCGUGGAAGAACUUAAUGUCACGGACGUGAAAGGGCAAAUCUUGCUCUGCUUCCAGUACCCAAACGAUAGAAACGCCCUCGACCCAGGGAAAUUUUUUGCGCAGGUGUCACAGUUCGUCCGGAAUGGCGGGGGAUCUGGUCUUAUUUUCGCUCAAUAUACCACCGAUAUUUUAACUGGCACAAUUUGCCAAGGCAUUGCCUGUGUUCUCGUGGACUUCGACACUGCGACUGAGAUUGAAAAGUACUGGAUUGCCAGCAGCUCUCCCGUGGCAAAGAUUGAACCAGCGCGCACCGUAACGGGGAAAGAGAUACUGGCGCCAAAGGUUGCAUCGUUCUCCUCAAGAGGUCCAUCACCUGAUUACCCCGACAUCAUAAAGCCAGACAUAGCUGCACCUGGAGCAAACAUUUUGGCAGCAAAGGAAGAUUCCUAUGUAUUCAUGUCCGGGACAUCCAUGGCGGCCCCUCACGUAUCCGGCGUCGUCGCGGUUCUGAAAGCCUUGCACCCACACUGGUCCCCGGCGGCAAUAAAAUCAGCCAUCGUCACCUCCGCACAUGUCACCGACGAGCGCGGCAUGCCGAUACUGGCGGAGGGGAUACCCCGGAAGACCGCCGACCCGUUCGACUACGGCGGUGGUAACAUCAACCCUAUCGGAGCAGCUGACCCUGGACUGGUCUACGACAUCAAUCCCCGUGACUACACCAAAUUCUUUGGUUGCACCAUUGUCAGGAGGACCAAUGUGAGCUGCGAUGAGACGACAUUGCCAGCCAACUACCUAAACCUGCCCUCCAUUGCGGUUCCCAACCUGAGGCGUCCGGUCACCUUGUCCAGGACUGUUACUAACGUCGGCGAGGUCAACUCUAUGUACCGCGCUGUGGUGCAGAGCCCGGUAGGAGUCAUGAUGGAGGUUGAACCGUCGGUGCUGGUGUUCGAUGCAGCGAAUAAAGUGCACACAUUUAAGGUGAUAUUAUCACCAGUGUGGAAACUACAGGGGGACUACACGUUUGGCAGCAUUACUUGGCGUAGUGACCGAAAGGCUGUCAGGAUCCCGGUUGCGACGCGGAUCACAACCCAGGAUUUCUAUGCAGAUGUUGCAUAAUUAAGUAGCAAUGUAUUCAGAUAGGAAAUAAUGUUGUACAAACAACAAAACAAAAAUGGAGGCAUGUCUUUUAUAAAGGCUAGAGGACAUUUUCAGUAGGUAAUGAAAAAAGGAAGGUUAUCUGCUGUGAUGGGUACCUAGUUGAUAAGGACGUGCAAUGCGGACACAUCUCUCUAGGUGAUCUUU